AUGGAUGAUAUUGGCAUCAACAUGGGUGACCCCAGUGACUCAGGGUACCCCACCUCACCCACCUCAGAGACAGCGCCUGAUCAGAACCAAGUCAGCAAUCGCGUGAUAUCACCAAGUCCGUCACAGCAUCGCAGACAUCAGACCAGAACAGAGAGGGCUUCUACCUCUACACUGCCCACACAGAGCACUAAAGGAAAAUCAAGCUGCAGCAGUCUGCUGUCCAACUUCAAACUCCUGAUGAACAGUGAUAGCUCACCGACUGAAAGUGUCUUCAGUAAGCUGGUCCAAGAGUGCUGUGACAAUGAAGAAGACCUGUUUGGUGAGAAGUUGGGAGUGGAAGAUGGAAAUCAGAAAGUGGUUAUCAAUAUUUCGGGCAUGAUGUUUGAGACGCAAGUCAAAACGUUGUCGCAAUUUCCAGACACACUGCUGGGAGACCCAGCAAAAAGGAUGCAGUACUUCGAUCCAAUGAAGAAUGAGUACUUUUUCGACCGGAACCGCCCCAGCUUUGAUGGGAUCUUGUACUUCUAUCAGUCAGGAGGGAAAAUCAGACGACCGGCCAAUGUUCCUCUAGAAAUAUUUGCGAAAGAGAUUGUUUUCUAUGAAUUAGGAAGAGAUGCUAUGGAACAGUUCAGAGAAAUUGAGGGGUUCAUAACUGAGCCAGAGCCGCUUUUGCCCACGAACGAGGUCCAUAAGCAGUUUUGGCUUCUGUUUGAGUACCCAGAGAGUUCCAGCGCUGCUAGGUCAGUAGCCUUGGUAUCUGUUUUUGUCAUCAUCAUCUCAAUCUUCAUUUUCUGCCUAGAGACUUUGCCAGAAUUCAGGGACGACAUUGACUAUAUCACCACCUUUACCCUGGGGGUCAAUGGAACCCAGGAAGGCCCCGCUUCCGUCCAGAAAGACCUUUUUGCAUAUUUCACAGACCCAUUUUUCAUUGUCGAAACAAUCUGCAUUAUUUGGUUCUGCUUUGAAAUUGGAGUACGAUUCGUGGUCUGCCCCAGUAAAAGUGAGUUCUUCCACAACAUAAUGAACACUAUUGACAUUGUCUCUAUAAUCCCGUAUUUUGUAACCAUGGUGACAGAGGUGUGGACAACUCCAGAUGAUGACAUCAACUCCGGUCAGAAUAUGUCACUGGCAAUCUUACGAAUCAUCCGUCUAGUGCGAGUCUUCCGAAUCUUCAAGCUGUCUCGACACUCCAAGGGGCUUCAGAUCCUGGGCCAGACACUGAAAGCUAGCAUGAGGGAGCUUGGCCUGCUCAUCUUCUUCCUCUUCAUAGGAGUCAUUCUUUUCUCCAGUGCCAUCUACUUCGCUGAGGUUGACGAGCCUCACACACAGUUUGUCAGUAUCCCUGAUGGGUUCUGGUGGGCUGUGGUGACAAUGACUACCGUAGGAUACGGGGACAUGUGUCCAAUUACUUUGGGAGGCAAAAUGGUGGGGACUCUUUGCGCCAUUGCCGGUGUUUUGACCAUCGCCCUUCCCGUCCCUGUUAUUGUCUCCAACUUUAACUAUUUCUACCACCGGGAGACAGAGCAAGCAGAGAAACAAGUAAUCGAUGAUGCGGCAGAGGCUGCACAGAAAGUAACAGAAGCGAACAAGUAUGAGUAUGGUAGCACACCCUCACUUAACAUGACCAAAAUCAAUGGUAGUCUGCAGAAUGACAAAAACGGCAUGUAAUGUGUAUAUGGUUCCAACUAUCUCUCGUUGACAGACUACGUAAAUGGUACCAUAGAUCUGUCGUGAUACAAUAAGAUGCAUAUGAUAAUUACUAACAUUUGCAACGGACAAAUCAAGAAUUCGCAGAUGUUAGUAUUUUUUGAAUUUCAAAAGGCGACGGGUCAUUUGGCCCACAGAUUAGCUUGUAAGAGUGGGGAGGUCUUUGUUGCAGUUCUAUUUUCUUUUUAAAGAAGAGUGGACAAUUCCUCUCCUCACUUAUUUGGAUUGUUUUUCAAUGACAGUGAGAGAGAUGUAGAGGAUGCAUAGUUGCGAAGGGUACGGAUGGAUAUUUGGCAGGGAGGCGCAUAUGUGCAAGGAGAAUGUAGUGUACCAAUGGACCACAGCUCUGCACCAGUUCUGAUAUCUUAAACAAAAAUAUAAUUCAAGUGAAUAUUAACCAGGGCAUGACAAACUAAGAAAUUCAUUAUAUCCAGAUUCUGAAACUGGUAUUAUUUUGUCUCUGUAUUUUUCAUUCUACUGAUAUCAGCAUUUGUAUACACAAUAUAUAAUUUAUUCCACAAUAUUAAAAAUAAGAAAAUUAUAUUAGUUAUCCGGCUGACUGAUAUGCAUGUGGAUGUG